UCUUUAUAAAGACGGUGUGCAGGGCAUAUCUCAUCUUAUUCGGGAAAUAUAACUCAUGGCAGAAUAUUGUUCGCUGUCACUCUUACGUUUGUGUGUGCUCUGCAUAACUUUAAGUUGAUGUGUCGCUCCUGUAAGGAUCUACAGCAGAAGGUUUCCAAGGUGCCCAAGUAACAUAAAAAACCAGGAAUAACGAAAACAACUCUUGUCUUAAAGAUACCAACUUUUCAAAUUCUUUAGUGGGUUGCAAUUUUCGAGGCUGAACGGAGACUUGUGAUAUUCAUCCAUUUCUAUCGACUGGAAGUUUUAAAAAAUUGAAUAUGUUUUAGAAUUCUGAAUGGUGUUUUGUUUGUAAUCAUUUGUGAAUUUCUUGAACCCUACUUGAACAAGAGUGAACAUGGAAAUGGAGCAGUAUCAGCUGAGUACGUCACUAAUGGUGACGAAUGAAGAGAUAGAAUCGAUGAAUGGAUCGAAUGAGACGGCGAUGAUGAUGAUGACGUUUCCAAAGGCAGAGAUUCAGUGGAUGACUAUUGGUAUUCCUAUAGUCUACGGCAUCAUCACGUUUACAGGUCUGGUCGGGAACGGCUUAGUCAUCACGGUGCUUCUUAAAUACAACAACAUGAGAACCAUACCUAACAUUUAUAUAUUGAACCUCGCCAUUAUGGAUUUUUUGUUCGUGUUGACUUUGCCCUUUCAAGCUGUUCAAUCUGCUUACAUGGCGUGGCCAUUCGGAGCGUUUUUGUGUAAACUGAUAGUAGGUUGUGACUCAGUGAAUCAGUUUGCUUCGAUCUACACGUUAACUUUCAUGAGUGCUGAUCGGUACAUCGCAGUGGUGUAUCCCCUAUCGUCUAUACGGUACAGGACCAAGAACAAGACCAGGAUCUUCUGUGGACUAGUUUGGGUGCUCUCCAUUCUACUCACUCUACCCACCUUUCUCUUCUACAACACCAGGACCUUCGGCGGGGUUACUAACUGCUACACCGUGGACAUUUCAGACAGGCAAGCACAUUUCUAUGCUUAUUUCAAUCUUGUCUUAGGAUUCUUACUACCUCUUGUAGUAAUUCUUAUGGCUUAUACCACUCUGCUGUACAAGAUGUUACGCAGUAACCUUCCCUUGAGGUCGGAUGGAGCUUGUAGUGCGGCACAGAGAGCAUCCAAGCGGGUUUCUCUUCUAACCAUCUCUGUCAUAGUGGUAUUCUUUGUCUGCUGGAUGCCGUUUCAUAUCAUGCAGAUAUGGCAGGCCAUCGGUUGGACCCGUAGUACGGCUGUUCGUGUGACCUGGUCCCUCGCCAUCUGCUGGUGCUACAGCAACAGCUGCUUCAACCCACUCGUUUACACGUUCAUCGGCGAAAACUUCAAGAAGAACCUGGCAGACAUGUGUCCCUGGUGUUUCCCCGAGGCAAGCAAGUUCGACCGCAGCCGUACUCGCGACAGCAGUACCUACACGCGCGGUGGCACCAUGCGACUGCACAAUGUCCACAACGAGUACACCACUAGCCCGACUAUCGCCCCGUCGACGACACUUGGCAGCGAUGGCUACAGUGAGAAUUCACCCAAGAUACAAACCUACACCUUCAGCACCUAGUCAUUUACGUCAGACUACCGUUCAUAGACGUAACUUCAGUCUUACAAAUUAAGAAGUAAAAUGGGAUUUGAAUUGAUCAUUAUUUUGAUUGAACUCGAAAGCAUCCCCUUUCUUUGGGGGAUAAAUUCACUCAAGAUGUUAUUGCUAGUGUUCUCGUGCCUAAUCCAUGAAGUCAUCUAAAUCUGAAGGCAUCAUAUUCAGGUCUUUGCAACUCAAAAUGAAUAUCUUAAAAGCACCAUCGAUGUGUUGUUAUCAGCUUUUUAAACUAGGAAAAGUGGUAUUUUCUACGAUUCCUUGAUGUUUCAAAUGAAAUAAGCACGUUCUAAGGCAUCAACGACAAACACUCACCUGCAAAAAAUAUCAGUAUGUUUUGACAAGAAAUGCAGAACCAAGAGGAUAUAAAGCUCGACAGAACGGCAAAUUCAUUAGUAAUAUUCAAUGCUUUAUAAAAAUUCAGUCGACUGCAUAUGUGCUAUUUCUUCGAAUAGGUAAUGUUAAAUGCUCAAACGUUUACUGCUUUGAGUUAAACUGCUUAUGUUGACCAAAUGUUUUUAAACUUUAUAAUUUUAAUUAGCAUUCAUUUAUUACAAGGAUGCCUUUUAAAAUUUAAAUUUAGCAACUGUAGCGUAACUGUUCCUGUUAUUUACAUACGUAUUAUUGGAGAGCUAGAAACAAGUUGGUAUCUUAUAGAUAUCAUUUGGGUAAUAAAUAUUUUCACUUUUGAGGGAAUGUUAACAGAUGAUCUCUAUUAACUAUACAAUUUUGAUGAAUAUGUCUCAAUACAAAUCCUCUGGUCCUAAGGAUAAUACCAAUAUCACAUAAGUUGUACACAUUGGAUUCGAUUUUAAUAUCAAGAUAACAGAAGUGAUAUUACAGUAAUAUGUGUUUUACUACAUUAAGACGAAGAAGAAAAAUACUGAUUUGGAAAAGAAAAAUUUCACUGCGGAUCAAUUCAUAGGAUUGUGUACUCUUUUGAGGUAUUAUUUGCCCAAACCUUCAAGUAUUGAAAACAAGAUCUGCGCAUGUAAUUUGAAGACACUUGUGGAAGUCAGAAGGAACCUCUCCGGAAUUGAAACUUUUUAUGACUAGCUUUGCUCGAUCUCAUUAUAAUAAUAACACAACAGUGUGAUCCUCUUACAAUCAUUCAAUCCUAUAAUUGGAUAUAAGCGCCCGAAAUUGGAAGAAAAUACCAGGUUUGAUUGAAUAAGGGGGUUGUAUAAACUUAUUCAGGUUAAUAAAGAAAAUGGAAACACGAUUUCUUUGUCUGAUCGGAAAUGAAUUGAUUUUUUAUACAACCGAUCAUCCGCUUUUGAAAGUGUACAGAUCUUAUGAUAAGAUUUCGAAAUUUAAUGCGCUCAAAAAGUGUAAGAAAAUACUAGAACACCGGACAACUUUUGUUUUUUGGAAUGAGUGUCUGUACAGUAUAUAUUACUAACGUUGCGAGCAUCAUAAUGUAAGAUAACUGAAUACAACACCUGCGAUGACGACGACGACGAUGGCCUCCACCACUACUAGGCAUGCUACUACUAC